ACUUUUCUAAUAACUAUGAUGAAUUUUCGAGUCAUUUAAUCGUACGGACAGCGCCAUUUCCCCGAUGUUACCUCUCUUCUUCUGUCUUAAUAUACUUUCCUAAUAACUUUGACGAAUUUUCGAAGCUUUAAAAGGCACAAUUUCCUAGUAAAGAUAUCAUCUUUUCGUUUAAUGCUUGAUGCUAAAUUAGAACAAAUUAGAAAAAAAUGCGUUAAAAAAUUUUUUUGCGCUAUUAGAAUGAAAUUACUCAUUGUUCUCUUUAUAUUUUUGUAUAUGUAUUUUAUUUGCGUAAAGAAAUUUAAAAUUGUACAGAAUUAUAAAAAAUAUCUUCUAAUAAAAAAAUGUCAGUGCUUGCUUUAGGAUCUUUAGGAUUAUCCCUUUGAACCUCGCGCCGGACAUUUACGCACAGUCGCUCCCCCGAAUUCUCUUCUCCUAUCGGCUGGUAGAUCUGUGAAUUAGAAUAUUUGUUAAUAUUUGUCGCGCAACCUGGUGAAGCCGCUUCUUGUCGAAGCGUUCUUGUGUUCCCCUGACGGUUUUUCUUGCAAGAAAUCUCGACGUGUGUCGGCAAGUUGCUAGCGAUUUUAGACGUGAGAAUCUCGGCGAGGCGAUGAUGAAAUUUGACCAGAAUUCUCCUACCGCAUGUUCCGCGCAAUAAAUGUGCAACACGUUUGCCUGCCACGGCUGCGUCGGCUGCUGCAUGCUUUGGGGAGAAGAGGACCGGCGAAUGGAGGUUAUGUUAGUUUAAUUGUUGCAAAUUUGAUAUUCAGCUGAGAGAUAACGGAUAACAAUGGAAAAUCAGAACGUACCGCCUAUCAAAAGCAACAAUCCCGCUCCCACGGUAGAGCAAAUCAACGCGGACAGAAUCACCCAGCUUGCGAAUAAAUACUGGGCACCACACACUACGAACAAGCAUCUGGCAUUCGAUCCUCAUGUGGUGGAUGAUAUUUAUGUGCAAGAGAUAUGUGCGUCCAAGUUUUCCGUCCGAAGGAUCAUGAUGCUGGAGUUCAGCCAGUAUCUGGAAAACUUUCUCUGGCCGAAUUACAAUGCAGAGAAUGCCACGCGAGCGCAUACCAUGUCCAUUGUUGUCAUGGUGAAUGAAAAGUUCAGGGAGCGGGUGCAAGUCUGGGAGGCAUUUGAGAAAAGUUCAGCACAAUUUGCUGGAUUCUUUCAAAAGGUUCUCGAGGCAUGCCUGGAGGAAAGUAUAAUGGACUUCAAUCUGAAGGAACAGACGGCGUUGAUAGUGUUCCUGAAUCAUUGCUUCAAUUCCAUGGAAGUGUCCCUUGUUCGGGAGGAAGCCAAGAGACUGGUGUCUCUGUCUAUGUGGAUCUCUCUGCAACAAGGCAGGCGAGAGUUCGAAUUUCGGAAGUAUCCAAAAUGGAGGAAGUAUUGGAAGAUCAUAAGGAAGAAGGAUAAUCCGGAACAUAAGGAGAAACUCGAGUGGGAACGCAAGUUCUUGCACAAGCUUAUGAUAAAAUUCAUGAAGAUAUUAGAAACGAUUCCUCCAGAAGGAGUUGUACUUCCGGACAAAAUCCGUUAUUGCGAGAGAUUUCUGGAGCUGGUCAUUGACCUCGAGGCUUUACUUCCUACCAGACGUUUCUUCAAUACCGUCAUGGAUGACAAUCAUCUGGUGGUGCGUUGCCAGUUAUCUAAUCUGCUGAAACGUCCCGAAGGAAGUUUAUUCGGACAGCUCCUGGAAAUGCUCAAGUUUUAUGCCCGAUUCGAGAUCAGCGAGGAAACCGGCAAUCCCUUAACGGAUCAUGACAUGACGGAGUUGCAUUAUGCUAAAAUUACGUCUCUUCAGAAUGCGGUUUUCGCGAAAUUCCCGGAUUUGAGAAGCUUCGCAUUGGCCAACGUAGCUAGUGUUGACGUCAGGGAUGCUCUGUAUAAACAUUUCGGCUCACUCAGUCAAGAAAAAUUGAGAUCUAUUGCGAGUUAUUUAAAUUUAGUACCGCCUCCGGAGCGAGAAGAGGACGAGAACUGGUACCGCCUGGACAUAGAAUUUUUGCGCGAAUUGUUGAUAUCGCGGCACGAGCGUAGGCCGUCGCAGCUCGAAGAACUGAAUGAGAUGCCCCUCUACCCGACCGAGGAUAUCAUAUGGAACGAGAGCAUCGUCCCGACCGAAUAUUUUUCUGGCGAGGGCUGUCUGGCACUGCCAAAAUUGAACCUGCAAUUUCUCACGUUGCAUGAUUAUCUGCUACGGAAUUUCAAUCUAUUCCGUUUGGAGUCUACAUAUGAAAUACGGCAAGACAUCGAGGAUGCUGUAAGCAGACUGAGUCCUUGGCGGGCGGAGGAUAGCGGUGUCUACUUUGGCGGAUGGGCUAGAAUGGCUCAACCUAUCACGCAAUUCGCGGUGGUCGAGGUGGCUAAGCCUAAUGUCGGGGAGAACAGGCCAUCAAGAGUCCGUGCCGACGUAACGAUAAAUCUUAGCGUACGCAAGGAGAUAAAAUCCGAAUGGGAGAAUCUUCGAAAGCAUGACGUAUGCUUUCUCAUCACAGUCAAGCCACCAAAUCCUAUUGGCACGAAAUACAGCCAUAAGCUCCCCUUCGUACCGCAAGUGGGUCUAACAACGGUGCGAGGAUGCGAAGUUGAAGGUAUGCUCGAUUCGAACGGCAGAGUGAUAGAGGACGGCCCUGAGCCGAGGCCGAUUCUGCCAGGCGAUUCGCGCACCUAUAGAGUGUGGCUAGACUGUAAUCAAUACCGAAUCGAUAUGGACAACGCCAGCCACGGCGGCGAGGAUGUGUACGAGGGAUUUAAUAUCAUAAUGAGGCGUAAACCUAAGGAGAACAACUUCAAAGCCGUAUUAGAGACUAUAAGGGAGCUUAUGAAUACUGAAUGUGUCGUGCCCGAUUGGUUGCACGAUAUAAUCCUCGGAUACGGCGAUCCAGGUGCAGCAUGCUAUUCUAGAAUGCCGGAUGAAAUCGCGACAAUAGACUUCAACGAUACAUUCCUCGACAUCGAUCAUCUACGAGCUAGUUUUCCACAAUAUGAGAUCAGAACGAACUCGAAGGAUGAAGAUAACCUGGUGCGACCGUUCCAGCUAACAUUCGAGGAUGUUCUCGCGAGGCACAAUAACGAACCGAUCAAGAAGAUCAUUACAGUCAAACCGCACGUGCCACCCAGUAGAGGACCAUACAGAGCGAACGAGCCGAAAAAGAAUCAGAUUCCCUUCACGCCAACGCAGGUCGAAGCUAUACGAGCUGGAAUGCAGCCAGGUUUGACGCUGGUCGUCGGCCCGCCUGGUACCGGCAAAACUGACGUCGCCGUGCAGAUCAUCUCAAAUCUGUAUCACAAUUUUCCCAAUCAGAGAACGCUGAUCGUGACUCAUUCCAAUCAAGCGCUCAAUCAACUAUUCGAAAAAAUAAUGGCCCUCGAUAUCGAUGAGCGACAUCUGCUGCGUCUCGGUCACGGAGAGGAGGCUCUGGAGACAGAAAAAGACUUUAGUCGCUAUGGUAGAGUCAAUUAUGUUCUCGCCAAGCGUUUAGAUCUGCUCCUUGAAGUUCAGAGGUUACAGGAAUCUCUGAACGUGAAAGGUGACGUCGCGUACACGUGCGAAACAGCGGGUUACUUUUUCAUGUAUCAGGUGUCCACGAGAUGGGACCGCUUCCAGGCCAGAGUCAAGCAGAGGCAGCACACAAGCGAGAAGUCCGACUUAGCCUCCAUAGUCGACGAGGAAUUUCCCUUCCACAAGUUCUUUGACAACGCACCGCAACCACUUUUCAAGCGGAAAUCUUACGAGGAAGACCUCAAGAUUGCAUGCAGUUGCUUUAGAUACAUCGAGAGGAUAUUCGCGCAGUUGGAGGAGUUCCGCGCGUUCGAAUUAUUGCGAUCAGGUCUUGACAGAUCGAAAUACUUGCUCGUGAAAGAGGCUAAGGUGAUAGCUAUGACUUGUACACAUGCGGCGCUAAAACGUCGCGAGCUUGUUGACAUGGGCUUCAAAUAUGACAAUAUCCUUAUGGAGGAAUCGGCACAAAUCUUGGAAAUAGAAACUUUCAUACCGUUGCUGCUACAGAAUCCCCAGGAUGGAUAUAAUCGUUUAAAACGUUGGAUAAUGAUAGGGGACCAUCAUCAGUUACCGCCGGUCAUCAAGAAUAUGGCCUUUCAGAAAUACUCGAAUAUGGAGCAAUCUCUGUUCGCGAGAUUCGUGAGACUGAACGUACCUACGGUCGAUCUCGACGGUCAAGGUCGUGCCAGACCCAGCAUUUGCAAUCUCUACAAUUGGCGAUAUAAGAAACUGGGCAAUCUUGCGCAUGUGGAGCGUAGUCCUGAAUAUUUGAUAGCGAACGCCGGCUUCCUGUAUGACUUCCAACUGGUGAAUGUCGAGGAUUUCAACGGCGUCGGCGAAAGUGAGCCUAGCGCCUACUUCUACCAGAAUCUCGCCGAAGCCGAAUACUGCGUCGCAGUGUUCAUGUACAUGCGUCUGCUGGGAUAUCCAGCAGAUAAGAUCAGUAUCCUGACCACGUAUAACGGUCAAAAGCAUCUGAUAAGAGACGUGAUCAAUAUCCGGUGCGCGAACAAUCCUUUGAUAGGUCGGCCAAACAAAGUGACGACUGUUGAUAAGUAUCAGGGUCAGCAAAACGACUACAUUCUGCUAUCUCUGGUGAAGACACGCGCAGUUGGCCAUCUGAGAGACGCGAGGCGUCUAGUGGUGGCGAUGUCACGUGCCCGUCUCGGUCUCUAUGUCUUCGCUCGCGUGUCCCUCUUCAAGAAUUGUUUCGAGCUGACGCCAGCGUUCGAUCAACUAAUGCAAAGACCCUUGAAGCUGCAAUUAUUGCCGCAGGAACUCUAUCCGACCGAACGGCCGAACGAUGCCUUACCCUCGGCAGACCCGAUAGAAAUCAAGGAUAUGCCUCACAUGGCUAAGUUUGUCUACAAUUAUUACAUGGAAAAAGUCAGCGGGAUGAAGGGCUCACAAAAGAUGUGGCAGAAACCGGGAACCAUGCGGACAAUGGGCAGUCCGACACAUAAGAUUUCCAUACAUCCAGCAGAUGAUGAUACUGAUGACGAAGAAGAGUCCGAGCAAAAUAACACUGAAAUGAAAGAAUCCAAAGAAGAAGAGACGCAGGAUAAAUACGAGCCUAUAAAGAAUUUGAUAGAAGAUCCUCCAAGCGAGGCCGAGGACGACGGUUGAGUGAAUCAUACCAACCGACGUAUGCGCAAGGCCUGAUGCCAUUAAGAAAUCUAUUGACAUGUCGGAAAUUGAAUAAUCAAUUUUAUAGUAUGGAAAUGAAACAGCUAUUUGUUUUAAUUCCAAGACCAUCAAUGUACACAUCGCAAACGUCGUUCGUUAACGAUCGUUCGGUUGAUCGAUAACAUUAUAUAUUUAGCAAGAAUAAGUAUUUUAUUAUUAUUAUGGAUAUCACUAUACAAUAAUUGUAAUAGUCUUAAAUCGUAUUAAGAUAAACUAUACUUUUUACAUCA